UGCGCGCUGUGAUUGGCUGUUCGGUGUUGUUAUUCUGUAUGCCCCGUUGUAGCUAAGCUAGUGAAGGGAUGUUUUGAGAAAGCUGACCGUGGGCGUCCUCUUGCUUUGACCUAAAAACUUGCAGACACUUGUUGGUAACCAGCUAAUCAUGGCAACAGUCCGCUGCCCGAGAUACUCCCUGCACUGGGAGGAGACAGACUGCCUGAGCUAUUAUGACAUGUUGUCUCUUCAUGAAGUCUUCGAGAUUGUGGGUUCCCAGUUAACAGAAUCCGACGUUGAAGUGCUAUCAUUUCUUCUCGACGAAGCUUACCCAGGCAGGCACCCUCUUGAUCCAGAGGGAUGGACAGAGGAAGUCUCUCCGGACUCCGAUGUGCCCUCAAACUCUCCUUGCCCGCGUCUUUUGGAGGCUUGGCGCAGAAUAUGCCCGCGAGGGGACUUCUGCCUUGCCUUCGGCCGUCACAGACCCAAAAGUGGCACGGAACUGUUGCUGGAAAUGGAGAGACGUGGAUUUUUGCAUGAAGGAAACCUGGAACCUCUUCUGCAGCUCCUUCGGAUUCUUACACGACAUGAUCUCUUGCCGUUCGUUUCAAGCAAAAAAAGAAGAACAGUGUCACCUGAGAGGGAACCUAUAAACUACUCAGACUCAAACAGUGAAGGAUUCUCAAACACAAGCUCACAUACAGAGCCAGACUCCCCAGAAAACACACACGCAUCUCCCUGGAGGACAGGUGUUGGCUCACCUGUUGCUGCAAACUCUUCUUUAAGAAAGAAACGGGGCAGAGGGCGUGGCCGAGCCAGACGGACCCGGAGCAUGCCCAAAAUCAACCCUCAGCCUAUACCUAACAAAGUGACCUGUGACAUCCGGCUGCGGGUUCGGGCGGAGUACUCUGAGCACGAGUCGGUCUUGCGUGGGAGGGUUUCCUCAGACAAGCAGCAGCCUCUGGAGCGGCAGUUCGAGCUCUUCAGCCGAGCCAGCAUGCUGCUCCGGGCUCGCGACCUCGGCUCCAUCGUCUGUGACAUCAAGUUCUCAGAGCUGGCCAACCUGGACGCCUUCUGGGCCGACUACCUGAGCGGGGCGCUCCUAGAGGCUCUGAAGGGGGUGUUCAUCACGGACUCUCUGAAGAGAGCGGCGGGUCAGGAAGGAGUCCGACUGCUGGUCAGUGUCGACCAAGACGACUACGAGGAAGGCAGAAAGCUGCUGCUUAGCAACCAGGCGCAGAGCAGCGCAAACAGCAUGGAGUAGAAGGAGGCCCAGAGAAACGUCAUGGAUGAGGAAAUAAGUUCUCUUGAGUUAUUUAAUUGGCAGAACAUGGUGAUGACAUGGGACACUGGGGCCAUACUGGGACUGAAAGUCAAUAAAAGGAGGUUUGGAUUCACCUCUGGCCGAGCAGGAUGCCAAUAGUGAGCAGUGAUUCAUUCUGAGGAAAACGCAAGUUACAGUUACAAGAGUUUACAGUUUGUGGAGGAGCCAUGUCAAGACAUAUACACACAUUCCCCAGACCAAACAUACCUCCAUAUACAUGACCUGUAAGCAGCUUCCUAUUCUGUCAGUCAUUUGUGGAGUUCAGUAUGAAAGCUAGUCUCUUUUGGUUGUGCGACUGAAUAAUGUGGAAGGAGUCCCAGGGCUCAAGCUUUAUGUUAAUUGUUUAAGUGUAGAUGGACCUUGAGUUUGCUCUAAUUGUGUUGCUUAGGUCUGCAGAUACGAAGAAAACAAAGAUGAGAAAUUUGGAGUUUGUAUCCAGAAAAUAAUCCAGACGUGUCAUCCAGUAGGGAUGAGUCCUAUGGCUUCAAGUUAUGGGAUGCGUGUUCACAGUCUGGUCUAAGUAGUGAAAGACUGAAGAAGAGUAAAAUGGGCAUUAGCUUGUCUGCUAGAUAAUUAAGGACCAUGCAUAGCUACAAAUCUGCCAAACAAUCACCAGCGUUUCAGGGCCAGAGUCUGAAGACGAGCCGUAGACGAGCCGAAGACGAGCCAAACAUCCACAACCAGUGGGAGAAAACUGUCAGAAAGCCGAUGACAACCACAGUCACAUGAACAGAUGAAUCACAAGAGCUGUAGUCUUCUUGACCUUACAUCACUACCGCACUGGGCCUUUGUAGGAUUUAUUUUUUAAGAAUAUAUGGGUGAAUACAUAUUUACUAUCUUUGUAUUGUUUAAAAAAAAAAUGUCAAAAAAGGUAGAUAGCAUUUCAGUCUGUUAUGAAAGAAAAUGUGGGUCUAAUAAGUCAAAAGGUUGAUGAGGCGUUAAAAUGUUUCUUUAUAUCCUUCAUUUUUCCUCUGUUUUUGUUCAGUGUGCUAAUUUAAUUUAACGCAUGUAUGGAUGUUUAAUUUUACGUCCCAAUUUAAUUCCCAAUAAACUAAUAUUCAGUG